AUGGACGAGAAAACAAGCAAGGCCCUCGAGCAAACAAUCGGGGAACUCGAGAAAGCCAAGGAAGCCAGGUUCUCCGAGCUUCAAGCCUUGGGGUUGAAGCUUCGAGACCUGUGGAAGUUCCACAAUACUGGUCCAGAAAAUAUCUUGGAGUUUGCCGAAGCCUUUGCUUGCAUAGAUGCUGAAUCCGCAAAUGAAUUGACCAAUGAGAAGUCACUUUCCAUGGAACUUAUCAAUAAAGCAACUGAAGAGAUUAACAUCUUGGAGGCUUCUAUGGUUGCCAAACAGAAGAAGAUAUACUUGGGUAAAAAACAGAAAUUGCUGAAAUUGCUUGAAGAAACCCACAUGGUGCCUGCUGACAUGAAAUUUGAUCCCAAGAAAAAAGUAGAAUCUGAUUUCCCCAAGGCAAUAUCAGAUUUGAAGAUUUUGAUUAAACAAGUUAAAGUACAAAUUCUUGAAAGAAAAGAUAUUGUCAUGCGAAUUGAACUACUCCAGCAUCCAGUGAAUAAUUCACUCUCUGUGAAAACAUCUGAAAGGCUACUUCGCUCUUUGAAGAAUUUGGUCCUCCUUGAAGACACAUUUCCAUUUGAUGGCAAGGAUGUGAAGGUUGUUGUAAAUGCAAUUGAAGAUGAAAUGACACCAGCUUCAACAAGACCUGCGCUUCCAGUGAAGAAGAGGAUGAGUGCUCGGCUGACUGAGUUGAGGGAUAAGAAGGAAUCCAAUGCUGACCUGCCUCCCCCUCCCUAUCCUUCACGAGUUCGCGAUGGGAACAGGGAACGCAGGAAGGGGGUAUGGGGCAAGGAAUCCAAGAGGUGA